CGGCGCGCUGUGAUUGGUCGCUUCAAACUGUCGGCGGUGUCCGGCCGUCAGCUGAGUCCUCGCCCCCACCACACUCACUCUCCCGUUUAACUGUCUCCUACUGCCUUAAAACACACUCAUGUGGCGUCUCUAGUGCAGCAAGGCUUCGUCGGGCCUUGGUUUACCUCGUAAUCUGAUCUAAGCUUAGGCCGCGUGUGUGUGUGCGUGUGGGGCUCUCCUGGGUCUGUGGAUAUAAAUAUUUUUUUAAAAUUGUGUCAAUAUGUCUUCUACGCAAAUAUACGAGGACCAGGAAAAUAUAGUACCGCCUCAACGGAGAGGGAAACAGGAGUUAGAGGCAAGGACUAGCAGUAUAGUGCCAGGGACGAGGAGACCAGUGCUGGGAGCUAUCAACCCUAACCUACGGAAACAGCCGACGAGAGCAGCUAAGCAGGGCGUCAGCUAUGAAACUGGAGUUCCACAAGUCGGGGAUGAAAAUGUGUGCCCCAACCCCAGAUUGGCUUCGAGUCAACCUUUCACAAUUCAUGAAGAUGAAUCCUCUUGUGUAUCCAUGGGAUCCUCCGGAUCAACCAACUUGAUGAGUAAAAGCAUCACUUCGGUGUCCUUACCAUUACAAGAACGGUUAAGUAAACCCAGAGAGACAAAAUCAGAAGGCACUCCAGAAAUUGACCCAUCUAUAACAAUGCUACAAAAAUCUUCAGAUAUAGAAAGUUCUGGGUCAACGGAUGUUAUGGAAAUGAGUGUUUGUGAAGAUGAUCUCAUGGUAGUAGAAACAACACCCAGAGAGGAUGUCCUUCAUAGUAGAAAUGAUGAUAUUUAUGAUGUACCAGAAUAUGCUGCAGAUAUUUAUCAGUACCUGAAAGAAGCGGAGGUAUGUCACAAACCUCGUGCAAACUACAUGUCGAAACAAACGGAUAUAACAGCAAGUAUGAGAUGGAUUCUAGUAGACUGGCUUGUGGAAGUUGCAGAAGAGUACAGCCUUCACACAGAAACCUUAUACUUGGCAGUGUCUUACAUAGACAGAUUUUUAUCCCAUAUGUCGGUUAAGAGAGAUAAGCUGCAGCUUGUGGGCACUACUGCAAUGUUUAUUGCUGCAAAAUAUGAAGAAAUCUAUCCCCCAGAUGUAGGGCAGUUUGCAUAUAUAACCGACAAUACGUACAAAGUUGGUCAGAUCUUGCGCAUGGAGCACCUUAUACUGAAAGUGUUAAGCUUCGAUAUGGCCGUACCAACAGCACACUUAUUUGUGAAUAAAUUUUCAAGAAUGUGCAAAAAUUCAGAAGAAACUUUGCAUUUAUCCUUGUUUUUAGCAGAGUUGUCAAUGUUAGACUGUGAUCCAUUCCUACGGUUCCUACCAUCUAUGAUAGCGGCUUCUGCUGUUGCUUUAGCCAAUCAUACCACACAGGCGAGAUUUGCCUGGCCACAGCAUAUGGCAGAAUCCACGGGAUAUACGCUUGAAGAUCUAAGAGAAUGUUACGUUAACUUGUAUAGAGCGUUUUCUAGAGUUCAAGAACCACAGCAACAUGCGAUAAGAGACAAGUACAAAAGUUCAAAGUGGCACGGAGUUUCUCAACUGGUUCCUCGACAGAAUUUUCCCUGGUGAUAAGUGUUGUGAAUGAUGCUAAUGUGUGCUCAGGUGUUUGGUGUGUGUAUAUUUGAGAGUUUUUGUGCUAGAUUGGUGUGUUUAAAGCGUACAUGGAUAAACUCUUGAUCAUGAGUGUAGUAGUAAUGUGUGAAGCUCGUGGUAGAUGCAAGUAUUAUGGCUAUAAAGCUCUUGAUUAAACUUGGACGUUUGCACACGGGUUACAAUUUUUAUGAAACGCAGGAUCUAUGGUCAGAUUUUUAUUUUUAACUUUAGUGAUUUUUAACCCUAAACAGUCACUAUUUCCAGUGGCCUGUUGUGUAAGAAUUUUUAUCACUAGACCAGCUUUUGGCCUAUACACACUGCAUGACACCUGGUUUGUUCCUUGUAUGAAUUUCAGUAUUUUGUAAACAUGGGUUACUCUGUUUAACCUUUGCUACAUUGAAAACAUAUCAGUGUUAAGAAAGACAUGUAUAAUUGUCUGUAAAUAUGUAAUCUAGACUUCAUUGAAGGAUCUUAAUCCUUUAAUAUUUUAGCAGGAAUGACUUGUUCCAAUCUUUAUCUUCAUCUCCUAUCCCUUAAUUUGAUGUAAAAGUUCAACCAUUUUCAUUCCAAAGAAUACGUCAUUAUGGAAUAAAACCUUUUCUGAA